UUUUGGUAAUAAUACAAAACUGUGUACAAAGUUAAAUUCGAGUUGCACCAAGUUUAUAUUUUUAAAUUAAAGGUUUUCGAAACGUAAUUUCUGGUUAAGAAAAUUUUGAAAUAAAGUUCCCCAUUUGAUAUUUUAAUUAAUUUAACUUUAGUUUUACUCAGACGCAUCCACGUUGAAUCAAAAUCAACAUAUAAUUUUGCUUUAUUAUCCCAAUUUAAUAAGUUUUCGGCCUCUUCUCAGGCAGCUGAAGCUGGUUGAAUCAUAAAAUACCUCCUACCUCCAUUGGUAUAGGCACCUAUUGUAUAAGUACAGGUAUGAAGUAUUUUAUUCCCCACUCAUUACACUUCUGCAGUAUUAUAUUUAAGUAUUUAUUAGAACUUUACACAGAGUUUUUCAAACGUUUAAUAGAAAUUUCGUAAACAAUCUUAUUAAAUUUUAUUUUUUAAAAUUGGUUACACUUGGAGGUUGGAAUUUUUUUAAAUAGAUAACAAUUUAUUGUCAAGUUAUUUGAAUGUAGUACCUAUACAAUUUGAAUUCAGUUAAUCAAAAUGUUUUAUUUGUACAUUUUAUGGUAUACAAAUGCUUUGAUAAUUUAUUUUAUUAUACUGUAUAAAUCAGAAGCUCACACAAUACAACUGUAUUUUGAUUGACUGCUUUUGACUUUUUGAUAGUGUCAUCAAAUAAUUCCCAAUUGUUAGGCCCUCUUUUACAGUACGCUACAUAGUGACCAACAGAUGUGCGCAAUCUACUUAGCCCUUUAGGAUUAUGUUAUUUAGGAUUAUAUUAAUACCUACGUUUCUACUCAUAAAUUAUACUAUGUAUAAUUUAUUAUUUUACUUAUUUUAUUUAAAAUAGUAUAAUGGCUUUUGGGUUUACUACAGCGCCAACACCUCUCUUCAAUUUUUUUUUUUAGUACUGUAACUCUAGUUGAAUAAUUUGUAUUGACUUGAAAAUUGAUAAUUUGGUGCCCCAUGAAUAAUCAUUCUUUAAUGAACUAAAUAUUUUGAAUAGUUUUUUCUGUUUAAGUUUCGGGGCAUUUUAGUUUGAACUUCGUAAUGUGUGUUUCUACUGUCAAAUUUUUUCCAAACUUUUAUUUUUGUUUUCUAAAAUCAAUUUGCCUGCGGGCGCCAACACCUCCCUUCAAUUUUUUUUUAUGAUUUUAACUCUAGCCAAAUUUUUUAAACAUUAACAAUCUGGUACCCUUUGAAUAAUUCUUUAAUGAACUAAAUAUUUUGAAUAGUUUUUUCUGUUUAAGUUUCGGGACAUUUUAGUUUGAACCUCGUAAUAAUUUUCAAAUUUUAUAGAAUUGAGGAAAAUUUGAAAAACCGGUACUGGUUCCGUUAAGGUAUAAUUAAAUUAAUCCAACUGUGAUAUUUAAAUUAAUGUUAAAGAUAUAUUUAAGGUAUUAGUGUUUUAAAACAGUCAGUACUCAUCACUUUAGUCACAAUGUGGUAAAUCCUAGUUUUUGCACUUUUCGGAACGUUAUUGACUUAGUGACAAAAUAGUGAUAAAAGUUGAAAAUCAAAAUUAUAUUUUAAUACUACAUUAAAAACCGAACAGGAAUUUAACAAGUAAUAACUAAUAACGAAUAUCUUUAAUGUUCUAUUGUCAAUCAAGGAUGAAAAAAAUAUAUAUAAAUUUCAUUAGGAGUUAUAUAGAAAAUAAGGCUGCGCUUUUUACAAUUGAUGGAUGUGGUCAGUCAUACUUUGACUGUGGCGUUAUUCCAGAAGUAUACGCAACUGUAGAUUUUGGAAUUUCAUCAAACGCUUCUCAAUGUUUUGACUUCAUGAGAAAGGUUCAAAAAGGAGGUCCACUAGUGAACUCAGAGUUCUAUCCCGGUUGGUUAACUCAUUGGCAAGAAUCAGUAUCUAUAGUCAACCCCAUCGAUGUUGUAAAACAAAUGAAAGUAAUGUUGGCAAUUAAUGCUUCGUUUAAAAUUUUCGGUACAAAUUUUGGAUUCACAUCGGGAGCGAAUACAAAUGACACCAAAGAAAGUAUUGGAUACUUACCACAGUUGACCUCAUACGAUUAUAAUGCUCCAUUGGAUGAAGCUGUAGACCCUACAGAAAAGUAUUUCAAAAUUAAACAGACACUUGAAGAAGCCAAAUAUGCUGUGACAAACGAGAUAUCACCAAAUCCCGCACCCAAAGGUGCCUAUGGAAAAUUCUAUUUAAGACCUUUGGUUAGCAUAUUUGAAAAGGUUGCUCAACGUAUUAAACCAGUGAUCAGUGAUGUUCCUUUACCGUUUGAGGACUUAGAUAUUAACACUGGUUUUGUAAUGUAUGAAACAACAUUAACAGAUGAUCAAAAAAAUGUUGAAAAUCCAGUAAACCUAACUGUGAACACGGUUAGAGAUCGAGCAAUCAUUUGCCUGGAUCAAGUACAAGUGGGUACUAUGAAUCGGUUGAAAGCUAAUACUACAAUAAGCUUAAACAUUAACCGUACUGUUCAAAACCUAAGCAUUUUAAUUGAGAAUCAGGGAAGGAUGAAUUUUGGAGACUUAAUUGAAGAUAGGAAGGGAAUUUUUGAUCAAGUGAUUCUCGGAAAUAAAAUAUUAAGCCCUUGGAAAAUGACUGCAUAUCCUUUGAAUGGUAAAUCAUGGAUUUCUUCAAUCAAAUCAGUUGAAAACGUCAACAGUGUUAAAUUACCAGCAUUUUAUAAAACACAGUUUACAUUAACAGUUAACUAUACAAAAUGUUUAGACACUUAUUUGGACACUUCAGGCUGGACAAAGGGUGUAGUGUUUUUAAACAAUGUAAACCUUGGUCGGUAUUGGCCACUUGGUGGACCUCAAGUUGCACUUUAUGUGCCAGCUCCUUUUUUAAAACCAUCACCUUAUGCCAAUACACUAGUGAUAUUAGAACUUGAAGGUACAUCUCAAGAUUUGUCCGUGAAAUUUGUGGAUAAACCUGUUCUUGAUGGUCCUAUAAUGACAUAG